AUGACAAGUGAUCUAGUAGAGCAGGCGAGUGUCACUGUGCCCUUCAUCAUUAACGGCAAAGAUGUCACCUCGACCUCAACUUUCAAGGUUAUCGAUCCUGCUACCGGCGAGCAAGUAGCCGAGGCCGUCUUCCCCUCAUGGUCUCAAACAAAGCCCAGCUUCCGAAGGGACACCAUAUUCCGCGCGGCGGACCUCUUCUUCAGUAGAAAACAGGAAUUACUCUCCUACCAGAGCAAGGAGACAGGUGCUGGAGUUCAGUUCAUGGAAAUCAGCAUCAGCGCUACAGUGCAGAUUCUAAGGGACCUUGGUGGAAGAAUUGAAGCCGCUGUUCAAGUCAAGGAACCAUAUAGUGUGGUCCUUGCCAUUGCACCAUGGAAUGCUCCCUACGUGCUGGGCGCCAGGUCAGUUGCAUUCGCCCUCGCCACAGGCAACACGACCAUUCGGAAAGGCUCCGAAAUGAAACCAAAUGAAGAACAAUCCAACGGUAUACUGUAG